ACAUUGGCAGGCAGAUUCUCAACCACUGCGCCACCAGGGAAGCCCCCAUUUUACCCUUUUCAAAGGACAGAGGGGAGGAGGGAGACCCUGGGCUGUGAACUGUAUCUGGCCCUUUCCACGAAUUAGCACCUCACUUCGUCCUUAACAGUCCCCCUGUGGGGGAGAUACCAGCAUUUUCACUUACAGGUGAGACGGUGGAGGAACAGAGACUCAGCCCACGUCCCUCUCGGUAAAAGUGACAGGCCUGUGCUUGGAAGGAGACACCUCAUGGCCCUUGAGGCUGUGCUGGGGACUUGCUGGGAGACAUGGAGUGGGCUAAAAGGCAGGGCCUGCACAAGGCCUGGGUGUGGCUAUGGAGGGGUAGGCCAAGCAGGAAGGGGGCACCCGAGAGACGGGGUCUCUGGCCAGCACAAGGCUGUGUGUAAGCACUAGGGAGCAUCUUUGUACAAUAGUUUUGUAAUCAACUUUGGAAAUAGUAAUACUACACGUUUGUAAUACAGGAUUCUGAAGGUACAAAACAACAUAUAGAGGCAAGUUAAGGUCCCCCCCGACCCAGUUUCCUUCCCUCAGAGAUGCUCUCUGAGACUUGUUUCUUGUGCAUCUUUCCACAGCAGCACCUUGACCACAAACAACCAGCAGUACCCGUGGGCCUGCCAGGCACCACCUGCCAGAAAGCCCUAGACGUACAGUUGUCGCUUUUAAUCCUCAUACCAACCCUUGCCGUAUAUAUAUCAAUAUCUCCACUUAAAAUUGGAGUAAACUGAGGCGCAGACAGGUUAAAUCACUUGCCCAGUGCCACACAGCUAACACAGGGUUUGAACUCAGGGACUCUCUAACAACAUUGUAUAGAUGAAGAAACUGAGGCACAGAGAGGUUGAGUAACCAAUCCCAGGUGACCCAGCAAGGAGGUGGAGGAGCCAGGACUUGAAUCUGGCAGUCUUGAUUCUGAACCUGCACCCCUGAGCACUGCACUGUACUGGGAGAAAGGACCCCAACUCCAGAGUCAGUCGCAUCCAGGAGUGAUGCCCACCACUGCUUGGCUGCCUGGCCUUGGACAAGUCACUGUCUUCUCUGUGAUCUGGCUGCCUGCUCAGGAUGGAGAAGAGGAAGCCUGCCAAUCAGAUGGCUUAGGGAUGAGGGAGGGUGGAGGGAGAGGCCUCUGGCGCACUUGGGAUGUUGCUCUCCCCGCCGUCCGAUGGGCGCUUCCUGUGAAGGGCAAGAGGAAGGAUGUGGCCAGGGAUGAUCAGAGGAUUGGGGCCAAGACAGCCCAAUUCUUCAGGACAUGGACCAAAAAACCCGAAGCCAGUUUCUUCAUGGACAACGUGGACCACACCAUUAAGGGCCAGACUACAUUAGUCUCCCCUCCGAUUCCCUUCCUCAUACCCCAGGCCUGGGGAGCCUGGGUUAAUAAUGAGCGGGGCCUGGGGAUUGAGGCCUGGAGACGAAUUUUGGCACUUGUUCUGAGUUCACACAGCCGGCUGGGAGAUGCACUUUGGUCUCCAAAUGUUAGAAUUGCUGAAACAUUAACAGGGAGAUGGGGGAGACUACUGCAUUUGAAAGUGGUGCUGUCCCUCCUGAUGGGGCCCGGUGGCCACAGGGCCUCCUCUGCAAGCGCCAGGAGACUCCUGAUCCGGCAGCACAUCUCCCCUGCCUGAGACUGGGCUGGCUCAACCCACAACGGCUUCUUUGUGGCAACUACUUUUCUAGAAGUCUCCCAGAAGACACCACCUCCUGUCCUGACAAUGUUCUGGGCCUUCAGUCUGGUCUGGAGCUGGUGGUGACUGCAGGGGGUGGAAGGGAGCUGAGCCAGUCCUGGGGGCGUCCGUGAGGGGGCCUUCUCUACCCGUCUCUGCCCCUGGAAGCAGGGCUGAGGGCGUGCCGCAGGGGUGCAGCGCUUUCCUGUGGGCAAGUGUCAAAGUGCUAGAAAAACUGAAAGGGGCUUCUCCAAUGCGGGGAUGAUAAUCUUUAGAAAACUUUCUGUUUCUUCUGUGAGGCAGAAAUUACAAGCUAGAAAUGACCUGGACCGUCAGUGUUUUUCCAGCAGGUUGUUAAAUUGACGUUGGGCAGAAAAGGGUGUUCGGGACUUCCCUGGUGGCACAGUGGUUAAGAAUCCACCUGCCAAUGCAGGGACAUGGGUUUGAGCCUUGGUCCGGGAAGAUCCCACAUGCCGCGGAGCAGCUAAGCCCGUGCACUACAACUACUGAGCCUGCGAGCCUAGAGCCCGUGCUCCGCAACAAGAGAAGCCACCGCAUUGAGAAGCCCGCACAUGGCAAUGAAGAGUAGCCCCGGCUCGCCACAACUAGAGGAAGCCUGCGCACAGCAACGAAGA